AUGGCCACUGUUCCGCUAGUGCGCGUUUGCGAGCGGUGCCUAAAUGAGCCACCAGCUUUGAGAAGACCCAAGACCGGAGAAAAAAUCUGCAAAAGCUGCUUUUACGAUGUGUUCGAGACCGAAGUCCACGAAACCAUCGUCUCGACAAAUCUAUUCCACAGAGGUGAAAAAGUAGCGAUUGGUGCGUCAGGAGGAAAAGACUCGACGGUUUUGGCUCAUGUUCUAAAGACCCUGAAUGAGCGUUACGAUUACGGUGUCGAGUUUGUCUUGCUAUCUGUUGACGAAGGAAUUACCGGAUACCGAGACGACUCGCUGGAGACCGUCGAACGAAACAAGGAUCAGUACGAAAUGAACCUCGAGAUUGUCAGCUACCGAGACCUUUACAAUUGGACAAUGGAUGAGAUCGUGGCCACUAUCGGAAAGAAAAACAACUGCACUUACUGUGGGGUGUUCCGGCGUCAAGCCUUAGAUCGAGGUUGUGUCAAACUUGGAAUUAGUCACUUGGUUACUGGACAUAACGCAGACGACAUGGCCGAAACCAUAUUGAUGAACCUGCUGCGCGGCGAUACCUCGCGACUGGACAGAUGCACGGAGAUCGUCACAGCAGGGACCGACUCGCCUGUGAAGCGAUCCAAGCCCCUCAAAUACUGCUACGAGAAAGAAAUUGUCUUAUAUGCCCAUUUCAAGCAGCUCGACUACUUUUCUACCGAAUGCACGUAUUCUCCGGAAGCGUUUAGAGGCACAGCUCGCGCCAUUAUCAAGAACCUUGAGGCUAUUCGCCCGAGUGCCAUCAUCGACGUUAUUCACUCUGGCGAGCAGUUUGUGCUCCAAAAGAAAACAAAAAACCGAAUGCCAAAGGCUCGCACGUGCACGCAAUGUGGCUAUCUGAGCUCCAACGAGACGUGCAAAGCAUGCGUGCUGUUGGGCGGCCUCAACGCCAGCAGAGCAAAGAUAGUUCUGGACACUGAGCCGGCGCCCGACCAGCCAAGUGCGGCCGCAAUAAGUCGUAGUCUUGAACGAUUGUCCUUUUGA